AUUUCAUAGUGCCAUUUAUCAUUUGGGGUCGUGCAUGACCCCUCCGGCCCCAAUAAAGUCAUUACACAUUAAGACUAUUUUCACUAUGGAGUUUCCAAACGUUACAUUCGUAAAACGUUUUGCUUAUAGGCAACACAGCAUAUUAGGUAACAUAAAUAACGCACUUGAUUGCUUCCAGUGAUUUUUCGUUUAAAAUAAGCCCACAACUCUGAUCACGACAAAAAUCUUUGUAAAUAGGUACAACGUUCAAACUAGAUUUCCCGAACCCAGUGAGAUGCUGACAUCGCUGACAUUGCCACAACCGAAUGGAUGGGUUGGGUACAUGUACUCCCUCCGAGAAGUGAUGCAAAACUCACCAGAAUGCAAAAAUCUGUGCGCAGUCAUAAAGGAUAUUCACCACAACAGGCACCAAUACCAACGUGGCCAGCCACCCACGCCGCCGGAUUACGUUGGUAUUACGAAUGGAACCCGAUCUGGAUGAAUAAAUUAUGGAAAGUCGGUUGAGCAAACAAGUGGGAGUGUGUUACGGAAAAGUUGUUUUGAUGGAAAAAUAAUGCUUUCCAUUUUAUUUCGCAUUAAAGGCUGUUUAGGAUAAACUUUUCGUUGCGCUGAUACCGCCUGGCUCCCUUUGUGUCGCAGUUUUGGAACCAAGGACGACAGAUCCGUUACCGACGACGUAUGGAGGCAGAUCGUUUUGGGCCACGCUGCGAUACUAGUGUGUUAAAUGCUUUCCGCCCGGACGGAUCAAUGGGUUGCUAGUGAAGAUGUGCGUUUUGGAGCAUAAGCUGAAGAUUAGCGACGGCAGAUCAACAAUCAAACGAAAUCGGAUUAUUAGUCGAACGAUGUGUGAUAAUAAUUGAAGAAGUUUAGGAAAAUACAAUUUAGUGCAAUACCCGAGGUGCAUUAGUGAAUCAUAAACAGUGUGUAGAAGAAAUUUGAAUAUGGAAUCAAGUAAAUCGUUUUUCAUAAGGGAUUUAUUAGGCGAUCUCAUUUCGGGCAGACAAACCGCUGAUUCACAGCAGGGAGGCCUCACAUCGGAAACCGACGAGGACGACAACAGUGACAUCGACAUCGACAUCGAGGACCGUUCCUCUCCGGAAUCGGCGGUUUACACGCACCAUUCUCAGCAUCAGCACACGCAAUUGAGUUCUUGUGGUGGAAACACUGGUUCAAUACUGGCAGGGAACCACCAUCACCAGGGCAUGAUAUCUGGAUCGAUUAGUGUCGAUGCACCGAAUGGUCUGAUCAUCAAGGCUGGCAGAAAACCACGGCGGCGACGAACGGCAUUCACCCAUGCUCAGUUGGCGUACUUGGAAAGGAAGUUUCGAUGUCAAAAAUAUUUAUCGGUGGCCGACAGAAGUGAUGUGGCUGAUGCGUUGAACUUGUCAGAGACACAAGUCAAAACGUGGUAUCAAAACAGACGGACCAAAUGGAAGCGCCAAAACCAGCUCCGGUUGGAACAGUUACGACAUCAAGCCACGUUGGAGAAAGAAUUGAUCAACAAUCAAGAACCGACGGCAAAUUCCAUUCAAUGCUGUCCCACCUCUCUGUCAUCGUUCAGUCAAAAUCCGUGCAAUUUUCUCACGUCGGCCGCCGCAGCGGCAAUCUUCCGGAACGUGUCCUACGCACAUGGUUGUCCCCUAUAAUUUGAUGCGCUAUGCCAGCCAUCCCCCGCCCCUAUUGCUCCAGAUGAAUGAAAUGUUAUGACUGAUUUUUGACACACCGCAGAUUAGAGGAACUUGUCAUGUAUUUUGGUGUAAUUUAUGAUGUAUAGGAAGAUGAAUUGUAAAUAGCUUGGUGUUUGUUACGACGGCUAAUAAUAAUGAUAAACCUGUAAUGAUUACGAAUACAAAACUCUGCAAACAAGCUUCCUCCCUGCUGCUUUAUCAAUCAGAGAAUGCCCGCCGGAAAGCUGAAUAGCUCAAUUACACUCCCACCGAGAGAGAUCGAAAACCGACCGCCACGAGGGUAAGUAUAAUGAUAAACAUUAGCCCGAAAAUCACCCACAAAACACUUUCCACUUUGAAGUGCCUAAUUGAUAUUACGUUGACAUCCGCUCGCUCUUUUGUGCGACAAAUUGAUACACAAUUUAGACGCCAAUUGUUUGAGCAAAGCUACUGUUCUCUUCUUCGCUAAAGUAUGAAUAACAAUCCCAACUCAAUCUUAUUUCAGACGAAUCUAAGAUGUAGCAGGAAAAAAAACGAACCUACCAAAUUUAUGCAUAAAAUAUUUUCCAUCCGUCGUGGUUGAAAAUCUGCUUUUUCACGCCGCAUGCUCCCCCAGCUUCAGCGUCAUAUUCACAUAAUCAUGAUUUUUCCAGCAUGAGCUCAAGAGGGUCACGUGCUCGGAAGAAUUAUUCGAUCCGCAAAUGCACCCUUAAUUUGCACAUAAUGGAGAAGUAGUGUGUCUUUUCAAAGGGCCUGACUGGAUGAAGCAUUUGAUGCAUCGUUGAUGCUGUUCUGACUUCGGCGAUUAGAAGGGUUCAGGUAAGUGGGAGCAUCCUAUUUGUUCGCAAUAUAAUGAAAAGAAAUGAAAAACUAAAUCUUGAGUACUUAUUGUUAUCACGGGAAACUGGAAUCAGAAAAAGCUAUUGUGUAGUUGCUUCUUGUAAAACAGACGAACGAUUUUUGGGCGUCAAAAUGGUACAAACCGACAACCUGGAAGAUGUGUUCAACAUAACUCCCCAAGAUACGGUAGAAUAUUACGAAGAAUAUUUUUUCUGGAUAUCCUAGGUCAUCCAAACUAUUCUUGAGUUUAGAUCCUAAAGUCUACGGGUGUAACGGUAACUUCUUUCAUGCCCAGUAAGCCUUCUGAAAGUUCAACAGACAGUAUCAGAUCAGUCGGGAUAGCCUAGGUCAUCCAAACUGUUUUUGAGGUAGAUCCUAAAGUCUACGGAUGUAACGGUAACUUCUU